ACUUGCUAUAAGGACACCACCACCAGCGACUCUUAAAUCAGCUCCUCUUAUUUUUACGCAGAUUUGAAGCAACAAAACAACAAAACAGGAGGAGCAGCGAUAGAAGAGAGGAAAAGCAGCUUACAUCUUUUUUUUUUUUUUUAUUAUUCUCAGGUAAAGUGAGCUGUUUCAUUAUCACUGUCAAAUACUAAUAUAUAUAGCCAAACAUGUUUGUUUGGAGAAUGUUUGGAGACAUGCUGUGCCAUCACCAAACUUAACUCUCUCUCUCUCUUCCCCUCUUCCUCCAACACGCGCUGUCUUCUCUUCUUGUCCUCCAGCGGUCAGAGACGCUCGUGCACCGAGAGGACCUACCAUGAUAAGGCUUGUGGACAUAGUGCUGUCUGUGCUGCUGUGCCGGAGCUGCCUCGGCGGCUACCCGGUGAGCCUCUUCGCGGCUCAGCAGACCUCUCCUCCGGACCCUUGCUACGACGAGCACGGCAACCCGCGGCGCUGCAUCCCGGACUUCGUCAACUCCGCCUUCGGCAAGGAGGUGAAAGUCUCCAGCACCUGCGGACACAAGACACCCGGCCGCUACUGCGUUGUGACAUCCACGGAGAAAGCAGCCGAUGAGGAGAGGACGAGGAACUGUCACAGCUGCGACGCGUCGGACCCCAAGAAGUCCCAUCCUGCGGCGUAUUUAACAGACCUCAACAACCCGCACAACCUCACCUGCUGGCAGUCAGACAACUUCCUCCAGUACCCGCAAAACGUCACCUUGACUCUCUCUCUCGGGAAGAAGUUCGAGGUGACUUACGUGAGCCUGCAGUUCUGCUCUCCAAGACCCGAGUCCAUGGUGAUUUACAAGUCCAUGGACUACGGGAAAACUUGGGUGCCCUUUCAGUUUUACUCCACGCAGUGCAGGAAGAUGUACAACAAGCCGAACCGAGCCGUGAUAACGAAGCAGAACGAGCAGGAGGCGGUGUGCACGGACUCCCACACCGACAUGUUCCCGUUAACCGGAGGACUCAUCGCCUUCAGCACGCUGGAUGGAAGACCGUCCGCGCAUGAUUUUGACAACUCUCCGGUGCUGCAGGACUGGGUGACGGCCACCGACAUCAAGGUGGUGUUCAGUCGGUUGCACACUUUUGGAGACGAGAACGAGGACGACUCGGAGCUGGCAAGGGACUCGUAUUUCUACGCGGUGUCGGACCUGCAGGUCGGUGGGAGAUGCAAGUGCAACGGGCACGCGUCUCGGUGCGUAAAGGACCGAGGAGACGGGAGUCUGGUGUGCGAGUGCAAACACAACACCGCAGGACCGGAGUGCGACAGGUGCAAACCUUUCCACUACGACAGACCGUGGCAGAGAGCCACAGCACGGGAGGCCAACGAGUGUGUCGCCUGUAACUGUAACCUUCACGCCCGAAGGUGUCGUUUCAACAUGGAGCUGUACAAGCUGUCGGGGAGGAAGAGCGGAGGAGUCUGCCUCAACUGUCGCCACAACACGGCCGGACGCCACUGCCACUACUGCAAGGAGGGCUACUACCGAGACCUGUCCAAACCCAUCUCACACAGGAAAGCCUGCAAAGCAUGUGAUUGCCAUCCCGUGGGUGCUGCUGGCAAAACCUGUAACCAAACCACAGGACAAUGUCCCUGUAAAGACGGCGUGACUGGUAUCACGUGCAACCGCUGCGCUAAAGGCUACCAGCAGAGCCGCUCGCCCAUUGCCCCCUGCAUAAAGAUUCCAGUUGCACCUCCUACAACUCCAUCCAGCAGUACAGAGGAGCCAUCAGACUGCGACUCUUACUGCAAAGCGUCUAAAGGCAAACUGAAGAUCAACAUGAAGAAGUACUGCAAGAAAGAUUACGCUGUCCAGGUGCACAUCCUGAAGGCAGACAAAGCCGUGGAGUGGUGGAAGUUCACCGUCAACAUCAUCUCGGUCUACAAGCAGGGCGAGAGCCGCAUCCGCCGCGGCGACCAGUUCCUGUGGGUCCGCGCCAAAGACGUGGCCUGCAAGUGUCCCAAGAUCAAGCCCGGGAAGAAGUACCUGCUUCUGGGGAACGACGAGGACUCCCCCGGCCAGAGCGGCGUGGUGGCAGACAAAGGCAGCCUGGUUAUCCAGUGGAGGGACACGUGGGCGCGCAGGCUCAGGAAGUUCCAGCAGCGCGAGAAGAAAGGCAAGUGCAAGAAGCCAUAGGAAGCGGGAAAAGAUGGAGAGGAUGCCGGAGAGGAGGGAGAGGAAUUCAAGAGGAAAGCUGAGCGGGUGAUUUAAAAAAAAAAUUAUAAUAAAAAAAAGUGAAAGAGAGGCAGACAGAGGACCACGGACAGACAAGAGACUGUUUAUGUCGCUGCUUUUUUUGUGUAGAAGCAUGAAGAGAAUUAUUUAGGAUGAUUUGUUUUUCUAGUGAACUUUUGUUGAAGGAGCUCACCUUGCAGAUUUGGUUUUAUGGUUUAUUUUACUCUGAGAUUUGUCUCUCUUGUGGAUUUGCCGAAUUUGCACCUAUUACCAGCAUAUAAAGUUAUUUGUGUUUUCUUUAUCUCAGUAUGAAAUCAUUAUAUUUUAUGUUUUAUUUUUAUGGACAUUUUCUGCUGGUGCAAAAAUGACAGAAAAAAAGCCACUUAACUACCACUGCAAUGUUGCCUCUGCAUGGUUUUCUUGUUGUAUUCUUAGCUGAGAAGCGAGUUUGUUUCAUCAAAAGUCUUCACUGAUCUGAUUGAGGCAAUAAUAAUAUUUCCUCUGUUAAGAAAUGUGCCAUAAAAAAAACAUAUUGUUUGCAAGCCACAGAAAUGCAUAAUACAUUUCAAUGACUUUCCUUUUCACCUGUUGUUCAAAUUCAGGUAUAUCUGCAACUCAAGAAAUCUGCCGUUCUACAUUUUUAGCUGUCGGGACUUUUACAAAUUUAGAACAUGCAAGUGACAGAAGAGAUAAAACACAGUAUUGACUGAUUCAUCUUGAGCGUAUCUUUACUCCCCUAUUUGCCCAUUCACUGGUUACAUUUUGGUGGUUCAGUAUCUGUGCAUGUGAACACAUCUCACUUGCGUUCACUAACUGGUGCUGCUCAUGGUACUAAAGUAAAAAAAAAUACACGUUUUUGAGAGGACAGACUAAAUCACUGAUUUCACUUUCAAUACUUACAGUAACUGUGAUUUUUUUUAUUAUUCACAACUCCAGUAGGAGUUUAACAUCUGACUUACAAAAGGACCAGAAGCCAGCCACAUUGAUUGUUAUAAAAUAAUAUGAAAAUAUUCACAAGUGGCUACAAAAUAUAAUGUAACAUUUUGUUUUUGCUUUAAUUCAUUACAUCUACAAUUAAGUGACAAUAUUUACUUUGAUUUGAGCUCCUCAAGUUACCCAAGGUAGGUCAUCAUUGUGCAGAAUGGAUGCAACAUUAUUGUUGUGCCGAUGAAAGUACUGCAUGUUAUCAGAGGAUACUGACACAAACAUGCAAAUAGAUUAUGUUUAAAUGUAUUCCUUUACAUCAGCUCAUGAAAAAUACUUUGUACAAGGUGUCAAAAUGUAUCUUUAAAAAAUUGUAUGAAUACGACAAAGGAAGAAAAAUAUCCUUUUAACCCAUUUGUGCUAAGACUAUAUUUAUAAAUGCCACAACAUUUGUUCUGAUUGCUCAAAAGUCUUGAAAAUUGGUACGAACAUACUUUUGAUAAGUAUCUAACAGUGCAACUUUGAAUUUUUUCAGAUCACAUGAAAAAUCACACUUUUAAUUUUCAACUCGUUAUGAGUUCAUAGAUAUCAAACACUUGAUUGUGCUCCUUGUAGUUUCUGAGAUACAGACAUUUUCUUAUCAGACUUGUACUAG